CUCCUGGCGAGACCGGGCGCGGUAGACGCGGAGCGGAGGCCCUCCCGCAGGAGGGGCGCGGGCGUGGAGGGCGUGGGCAGGGGGCGGGGCGAGCCCCGCAGACUGGGUGCUCCGGGGAGCUGUCAGUGUCAGGCUCUGGGAGAGAGGAAGUGAUAGCUCCCAGAGGAGCGCGAGCGGAGCGGCCGGCGCAGCGUGAGACAGCACAUCCUGCCCGCGCCGGCCCUGCCACCUUCGGGAGUCGCCUGCGCCAACGCUGCCGCCGCCCAGGAGCCGCCGCCGGCUCGGGGAGCCCAGUUCCGCCGCUGCCGAGCGCGUCCAGGAAACCAACAUGUCUGACAAAAGUGACUUAAAAGCUGAGCUAGAGCGCAAAAAGCAGCGCUUAGCACAGAUAAGAGAAGAGAAGAAACGGAAGGAAGAGGAGAGGAAAAAGAAAGAGGCUGAUAUGCAGCAGAAGAAAGAACCUGUUCAGGAUGACUCUGAUCUGGAUCGCAAACGACGAGAGACAGAGGCUUUGCUGCAAAGCAUUGGUAUCUCACCGGAGCCGCCUCUAGUGCAGCCACUGCAUUUUUUAACAUGGGAUACCUGUUAUUUUCAUUAUUUAGUCCCAACCCCUAUGUCUCCCUCCUCGAAAUCAGUGAGCACUCCCAGUGAAGCUGGAAGCCAAGACUCAGGCGAUCUGGGGCCAUUAACAAGGACCCUGCAGUGGGACACAGACCCCUCAGUGCUCCAGCUGCAGUCAGACUCAGAACUUGGAAGAAGACUGCAUAAACUGGGCGUGUCAAAGGUCACCCAAGUGGAUUUCCUGCCAAGGGAAGUAGUAUCCUACUCAAAGGAGACCCAGACUCCUCUUGCCACACAUCAGUCUGAAGAGGAUGAGGAAGAUGAGGAAAUGGUGGAACCUAAAGUUGGCCAGGACUCAGAACUGGAAAAUCAGGACAAAAAACAGGAAGUGAAGGAAGCCCCUCCAAGAGAGCUGACAGAGGAAGAAAAACAGCAGAUCCUUCAUUCAGAGGAAUUUCUCAUCUUUUUUGAUCGGACAAUACGGGUAAUUGAAAGAGCCCUGGCUGAAGAUUCCGACAUCUUUUUUGACUACAGCGGCCGAGAGUUAGAAGAAAAAGAUGGGGAUGUUCAGGCUGGAGCCAAUCUUUCUUUCAACCGUCAGUUCUAUGAUGAGCAUUGGUCCAAGCAUCGAGUGGUCACUUGUAUGGACUGGUCCCUCCAGUACCCUGAGCUGAUGGUGGCUUCUUACAACAACAAUGAAGAUGCUCCCCAUGAACCAGAUGGAGUGGCCUUGGUUUGGAACAUGAAGUUUAAGAAAACCACACCAGAAUACGUCUUCCACUGUCAGUCCUCUGUGAUGUCAGUCUGCUUUGCCCGUUUCCAUCCUAACUUGGUGGUUGGUGGGACUUACUCGGGCCAGAUUGUUCUCUGGGACAAUCGCAGUCAUCGAAGGACUCCGGUGCAGCGGACACCCUUAUCAGCCGCUGCACACACGCAUCCCGUGUACUGUGUAAAUGUUGUUGGGACCCAGAAUGCUCAUAACCUCAUCACUGUCUCCACUGAUGGCAAAAUGUGUUCCUGGAGCCUGGACAUGCUCUCAACUCCACAGGAGAGCAUGGAGCUGGUGUACAAUAAGUCCAAGUCUGUCGCUGUUACCGGAAUGGCUUUCCCAACAGGAGAUGUCAAUAACUUCGUGGUUGGCAGCGAGGAAGGUACAGUCUACACGGCUUGUCGUCAUGGAAGCAAAGCAGGUAUUGGUGAGGUCUUUGAAGGUCACCAAGGGCCAGUGACAGGAAUUAACUGCCACAUGGCAGUGGGCCCAAUCGACUUUUCUCACCUGUUUGUCACAUCAUCAUUUGACUGGACUGUCAAACUGUGGACCACAAAGCUCACCCAGGGAGAAUCGUUUGACUUUGAAAGAAACCACAAGAAUGUAAUCAGAGUCACCUCCAGACUUGGCCUGUGUUCAUACUUCCUGUCCUUUUACCUCCACCCCUACCCUACCCACCCACAAACAUUCAUACAUUCAUCCACCAACACGUACCUAUGGCUGUUAAAUAUGUAUGCAGACUUGUGAAUAAUUCAUAAAAGUACAAACACUUUUGAGACUUGAAAUUUAUUCAGCUGACUGGGCUUUACCAUUGUCCAACAAGUAGGGACUUAGUGAGUCCUUUCUUUUGCUCCUUUAACCAGAGUGGAAAUGUUUUCCUUUUCAUUGUAAUGAUAUACUAAACGAGUUGCCUUCCCCAACCUCCUCCUCCUAAGUAAUAACAUUGCGGAGAGAGCGCACACACUUAGAAAGAAAGAGAGAAUGAGAAUAACAAAUACAACUAUCUACAUAAUUAUGAGAUCAAAGAUGUCCCCACCCCACCUUUCUGCUCUAAUCUACAUUUUAGUCUAAUGUUGGAAGAUAAAUUAAAACUCAUCUUUAUCCCCAAAGUAGCCAUUUUUGUACCAAACCAAUGUGGGUCCAUCCUGACCAGCCUCCUGUGACCUGAACCUUGCAAAUUGUCCAGGACCCAUAAUUAAUACUAGACUAUUUUCCCACUGCCACUUCCAGCAUCCUGAAUCACCUCACCUCACAUUUAGAGCAUAUUUGUUUCUUGAACAGAAAUUGAUUUCCAUUUGGCUUUAGUGAAACAGAAUAAGGUAAACAAAUCUGCUGCAAAGCAGGAAGCGUAUUAAAUAUAUUUUACAUUUGAACAAAAUAUGUUGAACUUCUGCUAUUUGUGAUUCUCCAUGCUGGUUCUCUCUACCAUUAAAAUAAAUACAAGUAAUAUCUGUACUCAUAUUAGAUAUAAUGUAAAAUACAUAACGUUUAGCAAUGGGAGAUGUGGGAGUGCAGAGCUACAUAAAAAACCUCUCUUUGGCUCUUUGAAAAUGUGUCCUUUAUAUAUAUGGUCUAUUAUUGAUGCAAGAAAUAGAAUUAAACAUUUAGAUAAUUUUACCAUUAGAUUUUAUUAGACCUGUUUGAUAGGAUAAAUCUGGGCACUUUGGUAUAUAUUUCUUGAAAAACAUAAAAUCUGUCUAAAUGUCAUGUUUACUAAAUGUAGCAAGAUCACUAAUGUCAGAUUAGCUUUGGAAAUUAGAAAAUGUUAACCUGAGCAUGUGAGAAAUAAAUAUGAAGGGGGAAUCAAAGUGUAAUCCAUGGAUCUGAGUUUAUAUCUGAAAUGUUUACGCCUUUCUUGAAGAAUUGUGUGUGUGGGCCAGGCGUGGUGGCUCAUGCCUGUAAUCCCAGCACUUUGGGAGGCCAAGGUGGGCAGGGAU